AGCUUUCGUGAUUGCACUGGAGCGGUCAACUAGGCUUUAAUAAGUGUGCCGUCAUUGCUCUCCACCGACAUCAUACGUCACAGCCAUGCCAUACCGAAGGAGCCGUUGCGCGCCAGUCUGAAGCUAAUACAUAAUCUCGAACUCUGCACUGCACUGUAAGAAAAAAAAACACUACUCACGUUCAACUUUUGCUCGAUCACAGUUCAUCAUGGGCAGCCUAGACUAUAGAUCUCUCCAAAGCAUCCCGAUCAGCUACGCGACAUGCUCGCUCGGAUCGCCAUCAAACCCUCCGCCUCUCCUCGACCGCUUACAUGCUAUAUCCACCGCAGGUUUUACCGCCGUCGAGCUUUCUUUCCCAGACAUCCUCUCCUACGGCCAGACACUACUCGGCCAUGAAGUCGAACCGUCCAAUUAUGACGAGCUAUGCAAAGUAGCAGGCGAGAUUAAAAAGGAGUGCGACAAAAGAAGCCUUGGAAUUAUGAUGUUGCAGCCAUUUGCCAAUUACGAAGGCUGGCCUGAAGGCUCCGAUGGCCGCAAAGACGCCAUGGACCGGGCUCGCGGCUGGAUCCGCAUCAUGCAGGCGUGUGGGACAGAUUUGCUGCAAGUCGGAUCGACGGAUUCACCCCUCGAGAAACUAGACAGGAGUAAGAUGGUGUCUGACCUCCAGGUUCUCUGCGACAUGCUCAAGGAGCACAACUUCCGACUAGCUUACGAGAACUGGUGUUGGUCGACACAUGCACCUGACUGGAAAGACGUUUGGAGUAUCGUUCAGCAGGUAGACCGUCCGAACAUCGGUCUAUGUCUUGAUACCUUCCAGACUGCAGGUGGAGAAUGGGGCGAUCCUAGGACGGCUUCCGGUUUGCGAGAAGAUGUAUCCAAAGACGAGUUGGAAAAGCGGUUCCAAAAGAGCCUGGAAGAGCUGAGCUCCACCAUUCCCAAGGACAAGAUCUACCUUCUGCAGAUCAGCGAUGCCUAUAAAGUCCCUCAGGCCUUCGAUGCUGAGCGUGACGAUGCAGGUCUGCUGCCUCGUGGACGAUGGAGUCACGACUUCCGACCUCUACCUUACAACGGAGGAUACCUACCGGUUGUUGAUGUUGCGAGAGCAGUGCUCAAGACGGGAUUCAGAGGCUGGUUCAGCUACGAGGUCUUUGACGGAGGUGCAGACGGCAAGGCUACGGACGUAGACAUUGUGGCUUAUGCGCAUGCUGCGAAGAGUGUACAAGAUAGGCUGCUGCAGGAAUGUGCUGGUCACAAGGUUCCGGAAGCGAUGGCAACAAGAUAGGUAGCCGAUGGAUUUGGAAAAAAUGAAAUAAUGUGACGAACUCGUGUUUCUACCGAAUGCGAAGCUGUCGUCUUUGAGAGCAAGGACGAACUGAUGAUACAGUAAGGAAAGAUACGAAGAGAUUGGAGAAUAAGAAAACUGUUUCGAGGACGACGUCUGUA